AUGAGCAUCCUUUUUAAACUUUUUGCCAGUACCCUGGCAGUGGUAUCUGUUGUCAAUGCGGGGGAGCUUCUCAACUUUGAGAAUGAGAGGGACAUCAUCCGAGGCUCGUAUAUUGUGGUGAUGAAAGAUGGGACCUCAUCGUCGGACUUGAAAUCUCACAUGAAUUGGGCAGCCAACGUCCAUCAUGGAAAUCUAGCAAAGCAAGGUCCAAGCCGCUCCACCGGAUUCCAAUUCAGCUUUGAUAUUGGUGGUUGGAGAGGUUACAGCGGAAAAUUCGACAAUGAUACAUUAGAUGCGAUUGUCAACAAUGCUCAUGUCAAAUAUGUGGAGCCCGAUCGUAUGGCUAGCGCGACUGUCUUGAAAAUCCAGAAGAACGCUCCAUCUUGGGGACUUGGUAGGAUUUCACAUACAUUCCGUGGCUUUAAAAACUACCUCUAUCAUAGUUCCGCCGGUGAGGGUGUAUUGGCCUAUGUAGUGGAUACUGGCAUUGACAUUAACCAUCCGGAGUUUGAGGGUCGGGCUGAAUGGGGGAUCAAUGUCGUGGACGAAGUGGACACGGACGAGCACGGUCAUGGAACCCAUGUGGCUGGUACUAUCGGCUCAAAGACAUUUGGCGUCGCUAAGAAAGUGAAGCUCGUCGCAGUUAAAGCCUUAGGAAAGGAUUCUAGGGGUCCUGACAGCGGGAUCAUCGCGGCCAUGGACUGGGCUGUGAAGCAUGCGAAGGAGAAGGGCAUCCUUGGUAAAGCCAUCAUGAACCUGAGCUUGACAGGCGACACUGCGACUGCUUUGAACGAAGCCGCGGAAAGAGCUGUUGAAGCGGGUCUCUUUCUUGGAGUGGCCGCGGGGAAUAACAAUCGCGACGCCAUCAACGAGUCACCAGCAUCCGUAGAGACUGUAUGCACGGCCGGUGCGAGUGCCGAGAAUGAUGAAAAGGCCUCCUUCUCCAACUUUGGGUCUCUUCUUGACAUUUAUGCUCCUGGAAACAAAAUUAUAUCAACCUUGCCUGGUGGGGGUAAUGGUACAAUGUCAGGCACAUCUAUGGCUGCGCCUCACGUCUGUGGUGUCGCUGCUCUUCUCAUGUCUUCUGAAGGUAUCAAGGCGCAGGAGGCCUGCGAUCGCAUCAAAAAGUUGGCACGGCCAGCCAUCAGGAAUCCUGGGAACAGCACCACCAACAAGCUGCUCUACAACAAGAGCGGCUUCUAA